AACUAGAACUCUACCUAUUCUUCUGUAAGUGUCAUCUGUUUCUGUUAAAACUUGUUGUAGAAAAAGUGGUGGGGUUAGAUAGGAGUGGUAUUUUCCAUGAAAUCGUCUCGAUCUUUUUGGAUUGUUGCGGAGAAACUUUUUAAAAUAUUAUGUUUUCUCAAAGAAAUUUCAUUUGAAUUUCUGGGAAUUGAGGUUUGAAGCAUUAAAAAAGCUAAGGGAAGACGUUGAGACGUCAAGGAAUUAUAAAUUAUUCCCCACUCAAGAGUUUGUCUUCGAAAUAAUAUAUUUAUUGACGACUUCUCUAUAUAUACUGUCCAUCGUGAUAGUCUUGAACAAUAUUCUCGUAUCCAUUGCCUAAUGAAACAGAGUUACGCGAUGGACAAUCCUAUCGUUUUUUUCCUCCUUGAGUCCAAUUAUUUUCCAAUGUUCUCCAUUUUCUUUAAUCUUCUUUUGUUGCUAGUUAUGUUUGGUUCCUGUGUUUACAAGAAAAGGUUGGGUUGGGAAAAUAGUGAUGCUUUCACGAAUGAGAGGUUUAAGGAUAUGUCUUUAACAUACAAUAAACUGGUCGUUAUAUGUUGUGAGACUUUGUCUGCCUUGAAUUCUGUGUUGUUGCUGUUAAGUUGCUUCAACCUGCAUAAAAAUGGUUGGGAUCGCAGCGAACUGAUGAUUCUCUUAGAUCUUUUAUUUACAGCCCUUUCUUGGGGUGCCAUCUCUUUCUACAUACGUAGUCAAUUUACCUAUUCUCAUGAUCAAAAGUUUCCUAUUUUGCUUAGAGUCUGGUGGGUUUUGUAUUUUAUGUUUUCUUGCUACCGUCUUUUGGUAGACAUUGCUCUAUACAAGAAGCAAGAACUGGUGUCAGUUCACCUUUUAUUGUCUGAUGUACUGGCCGUAAGCGUGGGGUUGUUUCUCUGCUAUUCAUGUUUGCAGAAGCAAGGACAAGGUGAAAGGAUCAACUUAUUACUCGAAGAACCCCUCUUGAAUGGAGCUGAAUCUAGUGCGGCUACUAGUGUGCAGUUGGAUAAGGCCGAAGAUGAUGAGGUUGUUACACCUUUUUCGAACGCUGGGUUUCUAAGCCAUGUGAGUUUCUCUUGGAUGAGUCCUUUAAUUGUCUUAGGAAACGAGAAAAUUAUAGACAGCGAGGAUGUUCCUCAAGUUGACAAUAGUGACAGAGCCGAGAAACUAUUUUGGAUAUUUAGGAGUAAGCUUGAAUGGGACGAUGGUGAAAGAAGGAUCACCACGUAUAAGCUUAUUAAGGCACUCUUCUUUUCAGUGUGGCGAGAUAUUCUAUUGUCAACUCUGUUUGCUUUUGUCUAUACAGUGUCUUGCUACGUUGCACCGUAUCUCAUGGAUACUUUCGUUCAGUACCUGAACGGUCAACGACAGUAUUCAAAUCAAGGGGUUGUUUUAGUGACAACUUUUUUUGUUGCUAAGCUUGUAGAAUGCCAAGCGCGGAGGAAUUGGUAUUUCAGGUUGCAGAAAGCUGGGAUUGGAAUGAGAUCAGUCCUGGUUUCAAUGAUCUACGAAAAGGGCUUGACCCUUCCCUGUUAUUCAAAGCAAGGACACACCAGUGGUGAGAUCAUAAAUCUCAUGACAGUAGAUGCUGAGAGAAUCAGUGCUUUUAGUUGGUAUAUGCAUGAUCCAUGGAUACUUGUCUUACAAAUCAGUUUAGCGUUAUUGAUCUUGUACAGAAGCCUUGGGCUAGGAUCAAUUGCAGCUUUUGCUGCAACGUUUUUAGUUAUGCUGGGAAAUAUUCCCUUGGCAAAGUUGGAAGAGAAGUUUCAGGGAAAUUUAAUGGAGUCUAAAGAUAACAGGAUGAAGAAAACAUCGGAGGCCUUACUGAACAUGAGGAUUCUUAAACUUCAAGGAUGGGAGAUGAAGUUCCUUCAUAAGAUUCUUGACCUUAGAGGCAUUGAAGCAGGCUGGCUUAAGAAAUUCGUGUAUAACUCUGCGGCUAUCAGCUCUGUUCUCUGGGCUGCACCUUCGUUCGUUUCUGCAACAGCUUUUGGAGCUUGUAUGCUUCUGAAGAUUCCUCUUGAAUCGGGAAAGAUAAUAGCUGCUCUUGCAACUUUUCGAAUUCUGCAAACUCCGAUAUACAAACUUCCUGAUACGAUCUCCAUGAUUGUUCAGACAAAGGUAUCUCUUGAUAGGAUUGCAACUUUUCUUUGCCUUGAUGAUUUGCAGCAAGAUGGUAUGGAGAGACUUCCUAGUGGAAGUUCAAAAAUGGAUGUGGAAGUCAGCAAUGGUGCUUUCUCUUGGGAUGACUCUUCACCCAUCCCGACGCUGAAAGACAUAAGGUUCAAAAUCCCUCAUGGGAUGAACAUCGCUAUAUGUGGUACUGUUGGUUCAGGGAAAUCAAGCUUACUCUCGUCCAUACUAGGUGAAGUUCCCAAAAUAUCUGGAAAUCUUAAGGUUUGUGGAAGAAAGGCAUACAUUGCACAGUCGCCUUGGAUCCAGAGUGGCAAAGUCGAAGAGAACAUUCUGUUUGGUAAGCCCAUGCAAAGAGAAUGGUACCAAAGGGUGCUUGAAGCGUGUUCUUUGAAUAAGGACUUGGAGGUAUUUCCGUUCCGUGAUCAGACAGUUAUUGGAGAAAGGGGUAUCAAUCUUAGCGGUGGACAGAAGCAACGGAUACAGAUUGCACGUGCUCUUUACCAAGACGCAGAUAUCUAUCUGUUUGAUGACCCUUUUAGUGCAGUAGACGCUCAUACUGGAUCACAUCUCUUCAAGGAAGUCCUGCUGGGGCUUCUGAGAAACAAGACAGUCAUAUAUGUCACUCAUCAACUUGAAUUCCUGCCUGAAGCUGAUCUUAUACUGGUCAUGAAAGAUGGGAGGAUCACGCAAGCAGGGAAGUACAAUGAAAUUCUUGAAUCAGGAACAGAUUUCAUGGAACUUGUAGGAGCUCACACUGAUGCCUUAGCUGCAGUUGAUUCAUAUGAAAAAGGAUCUGCUUCAGCACAAUCAACAACAAGCAAAGAAAGCAAAGUUUCCAACGAUGAAGAAAAACAAGAGGAAGAUUUGCCUAGCCCGAAAGGACAACUAGUUCAAGAAGAAGAGCGGGAGAAAGGCAAAGUUGGGUUCACUGUAUACCAAAAGUAUAUGAAAUUGGCGUAUGGAGGAGCACUUGUGCCUAUUAUAUUGGUUGUACAGAUUCUCUUUCAGGUUCUAAACAUCGGGAGCAACUAUUGGAUGGCUUGGGUAACUCCUGUUUCUAAGGAUGUGAAACCUCUAGUGAGUGGCUCUACAUUGAUUCUAGUCUAUGUAUUUCUAGCCACUGCGAGCUCCUUCUGUAUACUUGUCAGAGCAAUGCUGUCCGCGAUGACUGGUUUCAAGAUAGCUACUGAACUCUUCAAUCAAAUGCAUUUUCGCAUUUUUCGUGCCUCCAUGUCAUUCUUUGAUGCCACCCCAAUUGGCCGAAUUUUGAAUAGAGCUUCUACAGACCAAAGUGCCGUGGAUUUGAGAUUACCAAGUCAAUUUUCAAAUCUUGCAAUUGCUGCUGUAAACAUCUUGGGGAUUAUUGGAGUGAUGGGACAGGUUGCUUGGCAGGUCCUUAUCGUCUUCAUCCCUGUCAUCGCUGCAUGCACCUGGUAUCGGCAAUAUUACAUAUCUGCGGCUCGGGAACUAGCAAGAUUAUCUGGAAUAAGCAGAUCGCCUUUGGUGCAGCAUUUUUCUGAAACACUUUCAGGGAUAACAACUAUAAGGAGCUUUGAUCAAGAACCAAGAUUCCGCACUGAUAUCAUGAGACUUAACGAUUGUUAUUCUCGGCUGAGGUUCCAUGCCAUUUCUGCAAUGGAGUGGCUCUGCUUCCGUCUUGAUCUCUUAUCCACUGUGGCAUUUGCGCUUUCGCUUGUUAUCUUAGUUUCUGUGCCUGAAGGAGUCAUUAAUCCAAGCUUUGCAGGAUUGGCGGUUACAUAUGCACUCAAUCUAAAUAGCCUGCAAGCAACUUUAAUAUGGACACUUUGCGAUCUUGAGAACAAAAUGAUAUCCGUGGAGAGAAUGCUUCAAUACAUAGACAUCCCCAGUGAACCAUCUCUCGUUAUUGAAUCAACUAGGCCUGAGAAAUCUUGGCCCUGUCGCGGAGAGAUUACUAUCUGUAAUCUGCAAGUACGAUAUGGGCCACAUCUGCCUAUGGUGCUGCGUGGGCUGACAUGCACUUUUCGAGGAGGCCUGAAAACGGGAAUCGUUGGAAGAACAGGAUGUGGCAAAUCCACUCUAAUUCAAACCCUUUUUAGGAUUGUGGAACCUGCAGCUGGAGAAAUCAGGAUAGAUGGAAUAAACAUCUUGACCAUUGGGCUGCAUGACCUGCGUUCCAGACUAAGUAUCAUACCUCAAGAACCAACCAUGUUUGAAGGCACGGUUCGCAGUAACUUGGACCCUCUUGAGGAAUACGCUGAUGACCAAAUCUGGGAGGCACUCGACAAGUGUCAACUUGGGGAUGAAAUAAGGAAGAAAGAACUAAAGCUAGAUUCCCCUGUAAGUGAGAAUGGACAGAACUGGAGUGUUGGUCAGAGACAACUGGUGUGUCUUGGACGAGUCUUGCUAAAGAGAAGCAAAGUAUUGAUUCUUGAUGAAGCCACAGCUUCUGUAGAUACAGCGACUGAUACUCUGAUACAGGAAACACUGAGACAACAUUUCUCGGGCUGUACAGUAAUAACAAUCGCACACAGAAUAUCAUCUGUUAUAGACAGUGAUAUGGUACUGCUCCUAGACCAAGGGUUAAUAGAAGAACACGAUUCACCGGCGAGAUUGCUGGAAGACAAGUCCUCGUCAUUUUCAAAGCUUGUGGCAGAGUACACAGCAAGUUCGGAUUCAAGAUUCAAAAGAAGUUCAAUGAAAACAAACUAGUUAUAAUAAAAUUAAUAAUCUUGCCUUGUCGUGUUUGUUUCAGAAAGAAAACAGUAAUAAUUUGUAAGAAAUAGUAUUUGUUUGUUUUCUCUCUGAUGAGGAACGAAUUACAUUAUCAGUUUACAACACG